UGCCUAGCCUUUGGAAUUGGAAAAGAAGCGAAGCAAGAAAAGCAAAACCAGGAGGUUCGCCCCGUUGCCUCCCCGUCGCCCAACCGCAGCGGGCGCAGAGAGGCGGAGCGGCCGGAAGGGGCCGCUGUUCGCUCAGAGCAGCCUUCCCGCCGCCACCCGCACCUCCCACCGCCCUGCUGGCCCAGCCCCGCUAAGUUCCAACAUCCCCCAGUCAAGCGAGCGCCAGGAACGAGCACCGCCGGAGUCGGAGCAGACGGCGCAGACCAGCCAGGCUGCAGCGCGAGUCGGAAAGGCUCCUGGGAAAUUCCCACGGCCCCGGGACUUUGGAAAGGAGAGAGCGAGCAGCCCCCGCGCGCUGAAGUCUGCAAGUGAGCGCUCAGCUCGGCACCUGUUUCUCCGGUGCCCCCGCCUUCCCACCCCUCGGACCCGCGCCUCCCGGUUCGCCCGCCCGCUCCCGCGAUGAAUACGGCGCCGGGCAACCAGACCGAUGUGGCCGGCCUGUUCCUGGCCAACAGCAGCGAGGCGCUGGAGCGCGCCGUACGAUGCUGCACCCAGGCGUCCGUGGUGACCGACGACGGCUUCGCCGAGGGCGGCCCGGACGAGCGCAGCCUGUACAUCAUGCGUGUGGUGCAGAUCGCCGUCAUGUGCGUGCUCUCGCUCACCGUGGUCUUCGGCAUCUUCUUCCUCGGCUGCAACCUCCUCAUCAAGUCCGAGGGCAUGAUCAACUUUCUGGUGAAGGACCGGAGACCGUCUAAGGAGGUGGAGGCGGUGGUCGUGGGGCCCUACUGACCGGCCCACCGGCCCCCUCGUCAGCCGCCCCCAUGCCUCCCCACUUCGCCAGCCCGGCCGCUCCCCCUCACCAUCCGAGACUGGGGGAAGCAAACCUGUCGGAGUCAAUUAUUUCUUUCGACUUCUGCCUUUCGGGAUGAAAGCGCCCCGUUUCUCGCUCACUCCUUGAAACUCCCCAUUCCUGGCUGUAGGAGGAGAGAGCCCUGAUUCUGGACUCAGCAGCAAGUGGCAAAAAGAGAACAACAACUAGGGCGCACAUUUUGGAAGCGGUCGCUAGUUUAGGAUGCGGGGAAACCGACGGGCGAAGGCCCUUCUCCACCGCAGGUGGGCCAAGCUCUGGGGGCAGGUGGAGAGGGCGGGCAGGGAGAGACCCAGCGGCACCGAAUGCCCGGUGGCCCGAAAAGUGAUCCAUGUAUACGCCACGCAACAGAAUGGGGAACAGAAAUCCGUGUCCGGAUUCGCGCCCAUUUCCUCCUGCCCCUCCCAGCCCUGGCGGGAGAGGCGAUACAAAUACCUUUGGUUGAUUAUAACGUGCCGUUUUAAGGAAUUUUUGUGUUUGUUUGCUUGAAUACAAAUAUUUGAUAAGUCCUUUUCUGCCCUCGUGGCCUGUUUGCCUGUCUGGGGUUAGAGUUUUAUCAUCGUAGGAAAACGGGUGGGGGGAGGGGGAGCCUGCGAAUGUGAACAGGGUGAGUUGUUUCUUUAAUUGCAUUUACUACUGGGUCUUUUUUGGGGGGGCCGGCGUCUCAGCUGGCUCUGAGCAAAGACCCAGAAUAGAACUCGUACCUAGUUCGUGACUGCACGGUUUACGCCACAAAAGUGCUCUUGACAUUCGUGACACCGUUUUGACUUUUUUUUUUUUUCUUAGUUAACGUUUCCUUAAUAAAUGCAACAUUUAAGUGUUU